AUGUUGCUUGAUAUCGACCGGGUGAUUUCCACCGACAAACAAGAUUCAAUUUCGUCGAAUGUGCUUGCACCGUAUCUGUAUCUUGCCCAGCUAGCGGGAAAUAACAAUAAUAUGCGCUAUCGGUUCCUAGUGGCGUUCAAUAUGCGUUUCUUCAAGAUCGACAAUACCCAGGUAUUGUCUGAGAUUGGCGACAUUAUCGCCAUUUUCCACAAUGCCUCAUUACUCAUUGAUGACAUUGAAGACAGCCUGGAGCUUCGACGCGGGCAUCCAUGCGCCCAUACGAAAUACGGUGUUCCCUUGACUAUUAACAGCGGAAACUUGAUGUAUUUCGUAGCCCUACAACGUGCUAUAACUGCACUCCCGAAUUUAUGGCUUGAAUUACAGGAACAAAAGGGUAUUGGAUAUGGUCAAAGUGGCACGGAUUUAACGGUUGUGAAUCCCUCUGUUAUUGAAUGCAAAACCAAUCGCAUUUUGGUUGACGAAAUGUUGAACUUGCACCAGGGGCAAGGCCUCGAUAUAUAUUGGCGUGACUCUCUCCAUGAGAUUAUGGAGAACCUACCUACUAUUGAAGAAUAUUUAAGCAUGGUGAUGAACAAAACAGGCGGAUUAUUUCGUCUCUCUGUGAAAUUGCUAGCACUUUUCUCCCCGUCUCCUCUUCAAGUGGAGACCCUCAUACCGCUUGCAAAUCUUUUGGGAAUAAUAUACCAAAUCCGUGACGACUAUUUGAAUUUAAUUGAUGAGCGAUAUUUUGGAAUGAAAGGCGUGGCUGGGGAAGAUCUUAUCGAGGGCAAGUUGUCAUUACCUGUAUUGCAUUGCUUGCUCCACAAUGAAGAGAAGUCCGCCCUCCACUAUGUUUUACUUGACCUCAAAACCAGUGAGGAUAGGAAAAACGAUCCCGACAGUAUUGCAAAGGCGAUCUUGUUCAUCAAGGAAAGUGGCUCUCUUAAGUUCACGUAUGAUCUCUUGCAAGAAUAUGUUUCAAAAGCUUUGCAGAUGUUGGGCUCUUUUCCAGAGCCUGAUGAUGCGUGCAAACUUCGGGAAAUAGUAGUGCUGUUUAGUAAUGUGAUGGAGCCCUAG